AUGGGAAAGGUGACACUGGGAGGGACCCAGCCCAUUAUCCAUCAGGUCCGGACCGGAGGCAGGGGUCUCAACGGAGACAAGUACGGAAAAGCGGCGAGCGCAGUUCCCUGCACACAGUGGGGAUGUGAGGACCGCGGCGCCGCGGGCUCUGCUGGAUUUUUCCUCCAGCGCCUCCGGGGCCCCGAGCUCGGAGCACCCCCUCCUCCCGGGAGCUCCAGCGCGUCUGUGAGGCCCGCGCGCCGGCGCUUUGUACGCGGGCGGGCGGGCGGGCGGACGGGCAGGCCGGGUUCCCGGGGCACCGCGGCGCGCGCGGGCGGCCGUCGGCCUGCGGGGAGGAGGGCGCGGCGGCUCGGCCCGAGAGCCCGCCAAACCCCCCCCCCUCGCCUCGCGCUCCAGCUCCGCCCGCUUUCCCCGGCCGGCCGCGGUCCUCCGGGUCUCAGCCUCCUACCUGCAGCGGCGGCGCGGCGGCCGCGGGUCCCGGGGAGUUGCGCGGAGGCGCGAGCGCGGCGGCCUGGGCGGCUCUGGCGGGCUGGGCGGCCGGCAGGGCCGCGGGCUCCAGGCGCCGGGCGGCCGCGCGCCCCCGGCCGGCCAGGCCCCGCCGCGCGCGCCGCGGCCACAAAGCCCCGCUCUGCCGCCGCCCCCUCGCGGGCCGCCGCCGCCGCCUCCUACCGCUCCGGUGGGCGCCGCCGAGGGCGGGAGCGCGGCCCCGCGCAGUGCCCCCCCCCCGCCACUCCCGGAGCCGCGGUCCCACUGCGCUGCCCACCUUGGCCCGGGAGCUGCGGAAGGGGACCGUCUCCGCCAACAACAAAAGAAUGCAUUUUCCUGCGCCGGGGAUGUGGCAGUCACCCGCACGAGUUAGCGCGAGCCUCUUGA